AUGACUCUGAGGGACUCCAAAGACGUGAAAAUCAGCGAGGCAGGGAUACAGACAAGAACAGGGAGAAAGUGGUCAGCAGGCACUGCAGUUGGUGAAGCAGAGAGUAUGCUCGAGUUGAAGGAUAUCAUCGGGAAUACCUGCGUCGGAAGACAAGGAGUUGGCUUCUCUCAUUUCCAGCAGUGGGAGAAAGCAAAUACCCAAGAAAGACGGCAAAUGGUGCAGAAAGAAAUCAGAAGGAUUGAGGAGGAAAGGAGGAGAGGGAAAUCUGUAGAACUCAGCAAACAGGGUGCGUGGACCAGAUGGAAUCUCCCAGAGAGGAAGAUGACGUGGGCUGAAAUAUGGAGAAUGGAGCCCUUCCGGAUAUCAUUUCUGCUACGAUCCGUGUAUGACACGCUACCAUCUCCUGUUAACCUGCAUCAGUGGGGAUUGACGGAGGAUCCUUGCUGCAAGCUAUGCGGAGGAAGAGGAACAAUGGCUCAUAUCUUGUCUGGUUGCAAAGAAGCACUACGACAGGGUAGAUACCGAUGGAGGCACGACAACGUCUUGCGGGUCCUAGCGGAUAUCCUUGAAGUGGAGAGAAGGAAGAAAAGAACUGGUGUAAGAACAAACCAGGCUGGUAUCAAGUUUGUGAAACCAGGGGAGAAAGCCACAGUGAAGCCUCGAAGCACCUCAUCCAUCUUUGAACGGGCGUCAACAUGGGAGAUGAAGGUUGACCUUGACAGGAAGCUUGUGUUUCCAGGAAUAGUGGAAACAACACUGAGGCCUGACAUGGUAAUCUGGACAGAGCAAUCCAGACACCUCAUCGCCAUAGAGCUCACCGUACCAUGGGAGGAAGGCUGCGAGGAAGCUCACGAGAGGAAGAAAGCCAAGUAUGAUGAGCUGAUGGAAAAGUGCAGGAGCAGAGGAUGGACAGUAUGGCUCUUUCCAGUGGAGGUUGGCUGUAGAGGUUUCCCCGCACAGUCAGUGUGGAGGACACUACGGUCAAUAGGACUCACUGGGAGGGCAAGAGCUACCGCCAUCAGACGAUUGGGAGAAGCUGCAGAGAGAGCAUCGUGCUGGCUAUGGCACAAACGAGAUGAGCCGAUGUGGAAGCCGACAUAG